AUGUCGCGUGCGGCGGUCGUCAUCGUCAUCUACGUCUCUGCCGAUAGAACUCUAGACAGUAUUGAAUCUGUUCGGGUCAAAAUGGUGUUAUUCGUUCCUUGUACAACUUCCUCCAUCGUUUCUUCAUUAUCCACCUCAACAACACAACAACAAGACUUUUGCUACGAGUUGACUACCUCGACGACGACGAAUAUAUCGUCCGAUGACGGCAUCGAGAAUCGCAAAAAGUCACAACCGAUUCCUGUUAGAGGUUUUUCCAACUCCGCCUGGCGACGUUUUGACGAUCACUCAACAUGUCCGCUGGAGCGACUACCAUCUCCGCUCGCGACGUCAGCGGAGUCUGUCGGCUCCAUCAAGUCGAGUUGUUCGUCUCGAUCAUCUGCCGAGCGCGAAGUCGAACGUGCGCAACGCCGUGAGCUUCUCGAUGUGAGCCUUGGCAAACUUCGCAAUGAGUCGAACAUGCCACUUCGCAAGCAUCUGCUCGUGUUCAACACUGUCAAAGCGCUUCAGCGGGAUUUGGAUAUGCUCGAUGAUGAGGAACUGUAUUGCUCUUUGGUGGGAAUUGUGAACGAGCCGGCGGUUGACGAUCGCCAUAUGGAAGUUGACGAAUGUAAUUGGUUUGUGAAGAAUCGCGACACGUCGACUAUGGCUCACGGCACUAUCGGAGCACCUCCUAAGCGCGAGGAGCUUGUCGAUGAGUCUCGAUACGAGCCUGUGACUUUUGGCAACGAGUUUGAAAUGGAAGAUGUGAAUGAGAGCGAUACGAACAUUCUCAGCGGAACGAACACCUGGUCGUGGACAAACGAAAAUUCGUUUUUCGAUUCCUUCCAUGAAUCCAGAAAGGAGAGUAGUCUUUUCGGUCUCUCGCUGUCAUCGGCUCGUACCACUUCGUGGCUAGAUUCGAUGACUACCGAAGAGUCGAACGACGAUCAUCUUGCCAACGUCAGUCUUUUCGGACUUGGUGGACAAUCAGCGUGGUCGCUCGGCGAUUCGGCUGGUUUUGAUCUUUGGGGAGCUGCUGACCCAUUGGGAAGUGCGCGUAUUGAUAUGCAGCACUUGUUUCCAUCUCAGCUUCUUCUCCAAGCUUAG